UCUCAGUUUGUAUUAUUCAUCACAAUUGAAUUCUCAUUUAAACAAAUUAACUCCUCAAUCAAAAUUUGAUUAAUUUCUUAACAUAACUAAGUUAUUUUACAAUUAAUAUCUUUUUUUGGUUGUUGUAAUUGUAUUAAUUUAAUUCAAGAUGAACCCUGAAUAUGAUUACUUAUUCAAAUUGCUGCUGAUUGGAGACUCAGGUGUUGGAAAAUCAUGUUUACUUCUUAGAUUUGCUGAUGACACUUAUACAGAAUCAUAUAUUUCAACUAUUGGUGUUGAUUUCAAGAUAAGAACCAUAGAAUUGGAUAAUAAAACAAUUAAAUUACAAAUCUGGGAUACAGCAGGACAAGAAAGAUUUCGCACUAUUACAUCUUCUUAUUAUCGUGGGGCCCAUGGAAUUAUCGUUGUUUACGAUGUAACAGAUUUGGAGUCAUUCAAUAAUGUGAAACAAUGGUUACAUGAGAUAGAUCGUUAUGCUUGUGAUAAUGUAAACAAGUUGUUGGUUGGUAACAAAUGUGACCUAACCUCUAAAAAAGUGGUUGAUUAUACAACAGCUAAAGAAUUUGCUGAGCAACUUUCAAUUCCUUUCCUGGAAACUUCGGCAAAAAAUUCUACCAAUGUAGAGCAAGCCUUUCUAACCAUGGCUGCUGAAAUUAAGAACAGAAUGGGUCCAGGGUCAGGUGGAAUGGCUGGACAAGCUGCCGGGUCCAAUGUCCUCGGUUCCAUCAACCCCUCAUCCACUCCGGUCAAAACCCAGUCAAACUGUUGCUAAAUCGGAGAGAGAGAGAGACACUUAUCAAGAGGGGAGGUGUUUCUGUCUUUAUCUAUUCUCUCUCGUUCUUUUUUUCUCUUGAUUUUCUCUAUUCUCUCUCUUCCAUUCCUCUCUUUUCUCUCACACACAAAUACACACAUACAUACACACACACUCUCUCUCUCUCUUUUCCUCUCUAACUUUCUCUUUCACUCUCUCUCUCUCACUCUGUCUCUUCUCGUUCUCCCUCCCUCCUUCCCUUUCUCUUUCUAUCCAUCUAAAAGUAUCUGUCUCCAUAUCUGCUCCUUGAUAUCCGAAAAAAAAACAAACACCAAACAAAAAUCAUUCAGUAAGAUUAAUUAAAACAUGAUAAACUUUAUACAAAUUUAA